CACCUUCCUUCGAUUUUAUUUUGCUCUGGAUGCCCUUUCACCUUGACCAUCACCAUGGCACUCGAAACCCAAUUGCUCCAAUGUUCAUAAAUCGAAUACCGAAUGCCAGCAUCGAAUGCUUUGGUUUUCGAAUACUUUGAGAGAGAUCCAAGCUUCGUACCCACUCAASAAUUCCACGGCAACACGACCACAAUGCCAGGAGGACACACCGCAUCGAACAAGGACGUCCCCCCGCACCUGAACGAUGUUGCGGACGCGGUUAGGCCCCAGCUCGAAGAAAUGCGGGGGGAGCGUCCAGGGUUUCGCUUUGAUGCGUACAAAGUCCUAGAAUUUCGACAGCAGGUAGUGGCAGGAAUGGUGUAUCACUUCAAGAUCCGUGUGGGAGAAAGAGACGACGACUGUCUCCACGCCAAGGUGUUCGAACCGUUGCCCCACACGGGAGACGGCCCGGUGGUCGUGGUGCAGGAGCGCGCAACACUCCAGGAUCCGCUGAAAAUUUUAUAGAUCUCGGUUCGGGAGUCUCCAAAGGCUGUCCCUGCCGUGGUAAUCUAGAGAGCACUCGUCUAGUUUCGGCAAGAAUACCAAAAUUCUUGUUUCAUAACUUAUCUAUGAAUGCUUCCUAAGUGUUCUCGCCUCUAAUAAUUACUUUAAAAGGCA